AUGGCCGACGUGGUAAUUUCUUUUGCUGUACAAUGCAUCAUACCAAUACUACAGGAAAAGCUGAGAGAGGCGGGAGAAGUUGAGACCGAUGUGGAUAACAUCAGAGAUGAGUUGAAUCGAAUGAUGGCAUUUCUCAAAGAUGCGGAUAGUGCAGUGGAUAAUAGUGACACAGGGAUGAUAAAUUGGGUCAACCAAGUUCGCGAUGUUGCACAGGACACUGAGGAUGUUCUCGACAAAUUUGUACUCGGCUUGAAGAAGAAUCGACAGGGCAGUGGGUGGUCCAAUCCCGUUCUUCCUAACUUUUUAAAUUGCAUCGUAAAUUUAAGAUUCUUUUCUAGGAUUGUUUCUGAAAUACAAAGCAUUAAUUCUCGUGUCAUCAGUAUUGCAGAAGGGCAUCGGAGAUAUUUUGACACUGCAGGAAGUUCAAAUUCAAAUUCAAAUGUUGACACCAGCCUUGACCUUGCAUAUGAUAUUAGAGGUGAUGCCCUUUUGGAAGAAGAAGUAAAUCUUGUAGGAAUUGAGGGCCCCAAAAGCGAGUUAACGAGAUUGCUCUGGGAAAAAGGUUCCGGACUGAGUGUAAUUUCAGUGGUAGGACCAGGAGGUGUGGGGAAAUCAGCUCUUGUUAGGAAAGUAUAUGAUGAUGCAGCAGUGAAGAAGCAAUUCAAAAGUCACGCUUGGAUAAUUGUCCCUCGGUUAUUCGAUAUAGAGGAUAUCCUAAAGGACUUGAUUCAGCAACUCUUUCGAGAAACCAAGGAAGCAUUCCCUGAAGAAAUGAACACCAUGAAUAAUAUUCAGCUGAAGGAACUGAUUAGACUAUUCUUACGAGAAAAAAGGUAUGUGAUUGUUUUUGAUGAUGUACGGGGCAUCGAAUUAUGGAAGGCUAUUAAACGUGCGUUUCCUGACUAUUCUUGUGGUAGUCGAUUAAUUGUAACAACACGUAAUACUGAUGUGGCUCUCUAUUCUGCUAUGCGAAAUAAGGAGAAUGUAUAUACUUUGAAGCCCCUUCCUCCAGAGCAUUCUUUGACACUAUUUUGUCAAAAGACGUUUCGAGGGAGUCCUUGUCCUUCCCAUCUGGAGGAAAUUACUAAUAAUAUCUUAAAGAGAUGCGCAGGGCUGCCGAUCGCUAUCAAGUCUGUUGGUGGAAUUCUGGCUUCAAAGAGCCGCAGAUUGGACGAAUGGGAGAGGGUUUAUAAGAGUCUUGGAGCUGAACUGGAAAGAGAAAAUAGGAAUUUGAAUAUGAUCUUGUUGCUUAGCUUCAAUGAUUUGCCUUACCAUCUAAAAUACUGUUUGUUAUAUAUGGCCAUAUAUCCAGAAUAUCACUUGAUAAAGUGUAACUCCUUGAUUCGCCUAUGGAUAGUGGAAGGUUUCGUGAAUGAAGAAAAAGAAGGAUGGACAGUGGAACAAGUUGCCCAAGACUACCUAAAGGAGCUUGCUAAAAAAAACUUGAUCGAAGUGGUGAAGGCUAAAGAGAAUGGAAGCAUAAAAUCUUGCCGCAUAAAUUACUUUCUCAGGGAGAAUCUUCUAAAUAAAGCAAAACGUCAAAAUUUUUUGAUGAAAGUCGGCAAAAAUUCCAGUGGUCAAUGGAAUAGCAAAGCUCGUCGCUUAUCAAUCGAUGGCCCUUGGGAAAACUUUAAUCCUCAAAUAUCUGGCAAAAAACUUCGUUCUUUGCUUACAUUUGAUGUGACUGAUUCGUCUUCAAUACUUGAACUACUUAACAGUUGUAUGAUGCUUAAAGUUCUAGACCUGUCAGGAUUACCUCUAAAAUCAUUUCCAGAGGUAAUCACCAAGCUCCUACUUUUGAAAUAUCUAUCUUUGAGGCAUACAGAAAUUGGAUCACUUCCAAGAUCAAUCAAGAAGCUUCAAGAACUAGAGACGUUAGAUCUUAAACACUCACUUGUCACUGAGUUGCCUGUUGAGAUCUUAGAACUCCGAAAACUGAGACAUCUCAUAAUAUGUCGCUAUGUAUGCUCUGCUGCACAUUCAGAUGUUCAAAUCAACGUUCUUGGUUUCAAGCUACCAAAUGGAAUUGGAGCUCUAAAGUCUUUAUACCAACUCUCUUUUGUUGAGGCAAUCCCUGGCACAAUAAUAGAGAUAGGGAACAUGAAGGAAUUGAGAAGGCUUUUCAUAUUCAAAUUGGGAAGAGAGGAUGGAAUGAUGGUUUGUUCAUCCAUUGUAAAGCUCCAAAAUCUUCAAUCAUUAGCCUUGUUUUCAAAGGCAGAAAAUGAGAUCCUUGACCUGGAUCACAUUUCAUCCCCUCCUGCAUCCCUUCAAGAGCUCUCUGUGUCAGGACGUUUAGAAAAAUUUCCGUAUUGGAUAAAAUCUCUCAACAACUUGGUUAAAGUUUAUUUCAGGUGGAGUCGGUUAAGCGAUGAUCCCCUUCAGUAUCUCCAAGAUUUGCCAAGCUUAGUCCGUCUUGAACUUCUUGAUGGAUAUGUUGGUGAAGAACUGUGUUUCAAGGCGGGAAAGUUUCAAAGUCUCAAAAGAUUAUGUCUUGACACGUUUGAAUCUUUGAAACAGGUUAUAAUUGAGGAGGAAGCAAUGCCAAAACUGAAAAGGAUAAAGAUUCAGCGGUGCCAAUAUCUGAAAAGUGUUCCAUCUGGAAUUGAAUGCCUUGACAAGAUGAAAGUUCUUAAACUUUACUACAUGAGCCCACAGUUUAUUGAGAAACUGACUGUUGAAGAUUUCCAUAAAAUUGCACACAUUCCUAAAGUACGUUUUUGGAAGAAUGACGUCACGGAAAUGGAUGAAGAUUGA